AUGGCCUGGGAAGACCACUUCCUCGACAAAUACCUCGAAGCCAGCAACUCCCGCCCAUCCAGCCCGGACGUGAUGGGUGCCGAUGAGCUGGCUCAAGCCGCCAAGUGGAAGGCUUUCAAGAAGGCGAAGGAGGAGGAGAGGCGGAGGUCGGGUAGUCAAUCCAGGACAAGCUCGACUAGCUCCUCGUCUUCGAUGUCGGUCACGUCGAAUCCUAAAUCGGAGGCCAGCUCGAAGCACUGA